GCUCAUUUGUGUGUAUCUAGAUAAGAAGUUGAUAGACACAAUCAGUUGUAUGUAAAAUUGGCUGCUGAAAGGCGAGAACAGUGUAUCUUUACGUCUGUACUCCUUGAGAUUACACAAUGGAACUGAAGAGCGCAGAAGUCGUUAUUUUUGCAAUUCCGACUGCCUUAAGGUGGAUAAUUGACAAACUACUAAUUAUAAUAAUGUUGCCCUUUGGAAUUUUAUUUCUAAUUGUAUAUAUUGGAAUAUACUAUCAGAAAAAGUCAGAACUUCUCAGGAAGUUGUCACGUAAACAACAACUGUUAAUCCAACGAAUGGAUAAUUUGAGAAAACACCUUUCAACACUGAACCCUGAAUUGUUAUCACUUACAGAUCUCAGUUUGGAAACACUACAACAACAAUUGAUUGAAGGCAAAUUUACUCCAGUUGAUUUAUUGCAUGCCUACCAAAUGAAAGCUUUACGACUACAUGACGCAGGGAAUUCAGGUGUAUGUGAAUUUUUAGAGGAAGCAGAACAACUGGCUGUGAAUCUAGUGAAUUCAAAUCGUCUAUCCAAAAACAAACAAACUUUGGUUGGAAUACCAAUCAGCAUAAAGGAAUUGUGUUUAACUAAGGGGUACGAUACGACAUUUGGUUUAAUCAAACGGUGUAAUCAACCUUCAGAUGAAGAUUGUUGUAUUUUGAAAGUACUUAAACAUGAAGGAGCUAUACCAUUUGUUCUGACAGCCACUUCUCAAACAGCCUUAUCACUCAGCGGAAUAAAUCCUGUAUUCGGUGAUUUGUCCAACCCUUACUCUUCAAAUCAUGAAACAGGUGGCAGUUCAAGUGGUGAAGGAGUACUUUUGGCAUUAAAGGGUUCACCGGUAGGAAUUGGAACGGAUUUAGGUGGAAGUGUCAGGAUUCCUUCGGUAUUUUGUGGUCUUGCAGGGUUGAAACCAACCUCCGGUCGUUUGAGCAAUCAAGGUCUAGCCACGUUAGGUUAUAAGAAGUCUGUCUCUCUACGAGUGUCUGCGGGUCCAAUGGGGAAGCGAGUGGAUGAUUUAGCGAAACUUAUGCGCACACUUCUUACACCUAAAAUGUUCGAGCUGGAUCCUUCAGUACCACCUUUGGUUUUUAAUGAAAUAAUCUAUGAGGGCAGAGACAAAAUAAAUUUGUGUAUAGGUUAUUAUGAAACUCUAGAUGAUCCAUCUCUUAUUGCUACCGUCCCAAGUAUUCGUAGAGCAAUACGUGAAUCAGUCAGUGUUUUGAAGCGAAAUGGUCACCAAGUAGUGCCUUUCAAUGUACCGAAACCAAAUUGGGCAAAUGAAUUGGGUAUGAAAGCGAUGGCUAUUGAUGGUAAAUAUCAUUUCCAAAGUGUAUUGUUUGCUGAACCAUUGAAUGAGCACACCAAAUUGCUUAGUUUAGCCACUCGUGCCCCGCAUUGUUUAAAGGUUUUGUCAGAUAACCUCAUGAAACUUGCUAUUGGUAAACCAGCAGCAGUUACUAAAUACUUAGAUGGAGCUAGAGGAGAGAAGGAGGUACUAAAUUUGAUUUCAGAUAUUGAGGAGUAUCGACGUGAGUUUCAGCGAGCUAUGGAAGAAGCUGGUGAUCUUGAUGCAAUCAUCUGUCCAGUGUUUCCAUUUCCAGCCUUCCCUAAGUCAGCUAAAUCCCUAUUCGUUACACCUGCCAUUGCCUAUACAAUUUUGUAUAACACGUUGGAUUAUCCUGCUGGAACAGUUUCAAUGGGUCAUGUAAAUAGAGAUGACGUGGAGGAAUCAAAAACACUGGCCGAAAACUAUAAGAGAUCUGGAGACCGUUUUCACUCUGAGGUAUUCAAACAUCAAGAGUUAAGUGAAGGACUACCAAUCGGUGUGCAAAUUGUAGGUAAACCUUGGAAAGAAGAAGUUGUUCUACGCAUUAUGAAGGAGUUAGAAACACAUCGAAUACAGAGUGAAUGACUGAAAAUAUUUUUCAUUUAGUCUAUCCGAAAGUAUGAAAGAUUUGAAAAUAAAAUUUUAUUUUCAUCGAAGCUACUUUUAAGGAAGACAACUAUUAUUACUUCAUUUUCUAACCACUUCAAAUGAGUGCAUUAUUGAUAUGCAAAAACAAAACAAUAUUUUCGCUUACUUUAAAAAUAUUAUUCACUAAUUUCUUCAAUCAUUUUGUUAUGUAUUAUUAUAAAUAUUCAACUCCAAAUACCCCAGUGUUUAUUUGUGUUAAAUUUGAAUCUCAUUAACUCCAGUGAAACAAAUUUCUCUUUUCUAGGACGGAAUUUGAAUAAAACACCUUACUUAGUAGUUAUCACUAAAACUGGAAUGGUGCAUCCUGUGGUUAUGACUGGGUUACUCACUAUGAAUAAAAGACACAACAUAACGGAACAUUUUUUGUGGAUAAGCGCACUCCUAAAGAUCGUGUAGAAUAAAGCCCGUAGGACACAAAUUGAAAAAGGUUUACGAUGAUACUUGUAUUUUCCAGACAAGGAAAGUAAAUGUCACACAAGAGUGUGAGUGAAAUGCUACGAAUGUACGAACGUGAAAAGAAGAAAAAUGUAUAUAAAGUGUACAAUGCAAAUUAUAUAUGAAAAUGGCUAAUACACAUGAACCAAUAGACAGUCAUCUUACCGUGUAAUAUGAUAACCAGGUCAUACAUGCUUAUUAAGUUAGUGGAUAAACAAAAGCAUAUUGUCAGUUAUAAUGGAAUAUCGAUCCAUAUACACAUAGCAAAAUAUAACAGACUGUCAAAAACAAACACACACAUCAUGUGACUACAUAUCAA